GGAGGAGGGAGGACCGCGAGGAGCCGAGAGGGAGAGACAGGGAGAGGGAGCGGCAGAGUGCGUCGAUCCCUCACCGUCACCUGUGCGUGAAAUGAACACCUGUUUGCCUGCGGAGGACUUUUAAAACAGAAUAACGCUCAAGUUUCAGCUACAGCUACUAGCAGAGGAGCCCGGCCUGCUGUGGGUCAGUCAGUCAGUCAGACAUACAGACAGACAGACAGACAGACAGACAGACAGACAGACAGUGUUCACACACGGAACAGAACCGCAGCGCCACUUGGACCGAGAGGACUAAGAAAGAGGAGUGAUGCACUUUUUUUGAAAAAACAAAACAACCAAAAAGAAAAACCCCAAAACGGAAGUACCGCGGCGGCUGCCAGAAUCCGAGCCACAGAUUGAACAUGCUGCAGGUUGUGUGAGUGACAGAUAUGGGGUCAUCCAGAUCAUAUUUGCAGACUUUCACUGUGGUUUGCCUGUUUUUGGCCACUAAAGGCGUGAGGUCGGACGUGCGUGGAAAGGCCGGAGGUGUGGUGGAGCUGGAGUGUAGCUUUCCUCCAUCAGAUCCGGCAGCUGUGUCCCCGGCGUCCCUGCAUGUGGUGGAGUGGGUUCGGCAGGGACUUGAAAUCCCCGUCCUGAUCAAAUUCGGAUCCUAUGCGCCUCGUGUCCAUCCACAAUAUGAAGGUCGGGUGUCUCUGGUUCGAGUCACUGCCCUCAGGCUGGAGGGCCUGCUGCUGGAUGACCAGGGCUCGUACGAGUGUCGAAUCCUCUUACUGGAUGAACCCACAGAUGAGCUGCAAAAUGGCACCUGGACUGUGCUCUCUGUAACUGCCCCACCCACCUUCACGGAAGCCCCGCCCCCUGAGGUGGACGCUAUGGUUGGAAGCCAUCUCGCUCUUUCCUGUGGCGCUAAUGGAAACCCUACCCCGACCAUCACCUGGCUAAAAGACGGCAGUGUGAUUCCAAGGAGAAUUUAUCAGGACGGAGCGUUAUCUCUGCGAGCGGUGAGCAUGCAGUCAGCGGGACGGUACACCUGCCACGCCUCCAACUCAGAGGGAAACGUGACUCGCGUGACCAAAGUGAAGAUCAAAGGUCCGCCAGUCAUUGUCGUCCCUCCCAAAAGCACCUCCCUCAACGUGUCCCAGGAUGCACUGCUGCAGUGCCAGGCGGUGGCCGACCCCCCCAACAUGACCUACGUGUGGCGCAAAGAUGGAGAGAACGUCCAUCACAUAGAGUCUCUGAAGUCGCGAGUGAAGAUCAUGGUCGACGGAACUCUCCUUGUCUCCGGUCUCAUCCCAGAGGACUCUGGGAAUUACACCUGCAUGCCGACCAAUGGCCUGCUGACCCCGCCCACAGCUUCUGCCAACCUCACAGUGAUGCACCCGGCCAGGGCUCUCCCGAUGCCCAAGCAAACGUUCCUCCCCACGGGGAUGGAUGGUGUGGUCGCCUGCCCGGCGGCGGCUCAGCCCCCGCUGCUCCGCGUGGAUUGGACCAAAGACGGAGAACCGCUUGACCUGUCCUUGUAUCCCGGAUGGACCUUGACCCCAGAGGGCUCUCUGUUCAUGGCCACGGUCAACGACGACGCAGCAGGCGUGUACGCGUGCACGCCAUACAACAGCUUCGGCAGCAUGGGUCCAUCCGGGCCGACGAACGUGAAGCUGCAGGACCCCCCAUCAUUCAGCGUCAGGCCGGACGAGCAGUACAAACAGGAGGUGGGCAGCACCCUGCUCGUCCCAUGUCAAGGGAAUGAGGACCCGACAACUAAAGUGACCUGGAGCAAGGUUGACUUGGCUCGUCGGACAUCGUACUCCAUAGAACCCAACGGUUCUCUGCUCCUGCAGCCUCUCUCGAAGGACCACCAGGGGGUGUGGGAGUGCAGCGCCACUAAUCGCGUGGCCUCGGUGAAAGCCAGCACGCGAGUUUUUGUCCUGGGAACCAGUCCCCAUGCGGCUACCUCUCUGUCCGUCUCUCCAGGGGUGAGGCAGGCCAACAUUUCCUGGGAGGCAGGCUUUGAUGGAGGAUCAGCACAGACAUUUUCAGUUUGGGUGAAGAAGACUUCAGCGAGCGAUAAUGACGGGAAGCAGGACUGGUUCUCCGUGCCGGUGCCCCCCUCCUCCGGUGCGAGGCUGCAGGUGACAGGCCUGUCCCCUGCCACCAGCUAUCAGUUCAGCAUCCUGUCCAACAAUAAAAUGGGCACUGGACCCUUCAGCGAGAUAGCCACCGCCCGUACCUUGGAUGUGCCACCGCGGAGAAGUAAACUAAAGCCCCCGGCGUUGCUUUCGGCCAAUCAGGGCCCAGCGGGUGUCGUUCUGCAGUGGUCGCUUCCUGAGGCUCAUCACCCUCCCAUCACAGGCUUCGUCCUGCAAUCCCGCGCGGAGCAAGGGGAGUGGUUUAAUCUGGACGAGGACAUCGGCGCCAACAGCAGCGAGAUAGUCGUUCCGGGUCUGCGCAAGGACUGUGUGUACGAGCUGCGGCUGCUAUCUCGUCGCGGGGAGUUGCUGAGCGAGCCCAGUCCAUCAGUCAACGUCUCGACAAUGGGGAUGGAGAUCUACCCGGCCACAUCCCGACUCCUGGAGUUCGUCCCGGAGCCAUUACUGGCUGGCGUGCUGGGCGGGGUCGGCUUCAUGUGCUUGGCACUGGUCUUGCUGCUCGGGUCCGCCUGUAUCAUCAGCCACAAGAGGGACCGGCGACGCAGAAAGAAGAAGGAUGAGCCCCCUCCUGCCAUCUAUAAACGCUCCCCAUCAAUAGAGUCUUCAGGCACCGGCAGUCCAGACAGUGUGCUGAAGAGAAGCCUCCUUCCAGCCAGCGUCCUCUAUCCCACCACUUCCUCUACCACCACCUCCUCCUCCUCGCAGACAGACUGUUCCUCCUUUAGCACUGAGAGUCAUCACCGGCGGAAGCAUCCAUUGUCCAACUGCAACAGAGGCCGCCUCACCAGGACCACUUCUUCUCCCAUUACGCCUGCAAUUGAGAUGAUCUCUCGAGGUCCAGAUGGGCGCUUCAUGCUCCCGCCGUAUGACAAUGACACGCUUAAAAGCACAAGGUCUACCAAAUCUGCUCGAGUCAGGAGGUCCGUGUCACUGCAUUCAGAGAGGGAAGACAGGAAAGAGCCGCCGUUUGUGCUGUCUGUCGACCUGCUGCCUUGCAAACCGGCAGAGGCCGAUUCCACGCGGCGGAUCUGUGACACAACCCAUUGCCUGCCCCGCCACGGCCCUUACAUCUUGGAUCAGAAGCCAAGCUACGAUGGCUUUCCUGACCUCAGCAGCGUGUGCUCAAACAGCAGUUUAGCCACCGUUCCUCAUCAGGACAGAGGACUAGCCCUGACAUUCCCAGUUCUCCCACACAUCCGACGCAGCCUAGGUCAGCCAUCCAUGACCGCAAGCGCUCUGGUUCUCCAAAUGGAGCACGAGCGGGAGGCUGGAAACCUGAGUCACUGCCUGAAACUGGCUCAGGAGAGGGAGGAGCUGGAGAGGGAGCUCCGGAGGUACGCUCUGGAAAGAAGCUCCAUGAGGAGGGAACAUUCGGAGCUGCAAAGUGCUUAUGAACCUUUGUGGGAAUAUAAGAGCAGCACUUUGCCACACAGAUACCCGCCAAGCAAGGAGAGCUUCGGUCCGUCCCCGAACCCUUUCUCUUCAUCUUCUGAGCAUUGGGAAGCUCGCCCCUGUGCCUCUCCUCCCACUCUGAUCCCGGCCUGCACUUUUGUCAACGCGCCUUCACCUGUGAGUCCCACUCUUUUUAAGUCCGGCACCCAUCAUCCUCCUCCGUCGCUCACUAAACAGACCCCCUACCAAUCUGAGGAGGCAGACAGUUUCUCCAAAGACAGAUUAACUCUCCCACAUCUCCCCUCAAAGCACCAGAGACAUGAAAGUGUAGAGGCAGCACCAGAGGGCUAUGAUAAUUCACCACAAUCCACACUCUUAGAAAUUCAAACGAAUGAUUCAUGCUCUGAGGCACGGAGACAGAACAAUCUUAGUCAUGGCAGCCUCUCAGUGUCGUCUUUCCGUAGCAAUGAAUGCACUGAAAGAUCUAAUUCGACUCGAGAAACGGCGCCAGACUACUCGAGAGUGGAGGUGGCGUUUCCCGAGCCCGCUGAUGAAGACGUGUGCGUGGAGAUGAGUGUGGAUGAGCCAGAGCUGGAGGUGUGCGUAAUGCGACCUACGAGGCCCAUGCUGCACCACAGAAUCGCCUCUCACGUGCAACACGGCCGCUCGUUGACUCGCGGAGGCCGGUAUGAAGACAUGAGUAGGAGCAGAAGCUUUAACUCUCGCAGUCACGAUGUUAUCAGGGUCCCGGCUUCUCCGCAGCCUCCACAGCCACAGCUCAUGACAGCUGUGACCCAAAGUUCUAAAACGUUGGACUCAAAGCAGCGGAGUCGGAGUCUUGACUCGAGGAGACGGAGGGAGAGGAAUUUCCUAACUCCCGAUGCAUGGAUAGACUCCCUCAGCCAAGAGAACUGCUCUGUUCUCUCUUCCCCUCAUCCAGAUUCUUUAUUCUGGGAACCCCAGACCUCUCCUACCAGGAAGGUCUCUGAGGCUCCUGCAAAUUUUCCAUCUGCCACCCAAGCUGCCUCCCGUUCGCCACCCGCUGUGGAUCCUUUAUCUCAGAGGAGCAGCCCAGAGAGGCCCAUACCAAACCAUGAAGCGCCUUGCCACUUCAAGCCAAGCAGAGAAGCACCCGUCUGCCCCAAUGGUGCCAAUUGGCCGAUCGUCUAUCAGGAGGCGAUGAAAAAGGCCAAAGUUUCCUUGGAGGGCAUGAAGGAAGCUUCCAGGUGCUUACCACCAGAGGACAACGAUCAGGAUGUACUAGAAGUGGAGGCUGGAGGCUACGAGGGGGUGCCGGAGUCUGGGAGCAGCUACAGCAGUUACGCCAGCAGCGGCCGAGGCAGCAUGGAGCCCGCCAGUGGACGCCUGUCCCUGUGUCACCUUUCCCCAACCCUCCUGAGCUCGCCCGAGACCGUAGAGGAGAGCCAGGGGAGCACCGAGGACAAGCUCAGUCACCAAAGGGAGCAAAGCCAGAGGAGAAAGGCCUCUGUUGAUGAGAAUUAUGAGUGGGAUGCUGCUGAUUUGUGCUCACAGCCUGGAGACCAUCAUGGCCUGCUUCCUUCAUUGAAUCUGCUGAAGCCUGCUCGGUGCUGUAGCCUUCCCAGCAUGCAGCGCUCCACUAAGGCACUGAAAAAUUGCACUCCGCUCUCUCUGCUCCCGGGGCAUCAAAGCAGCUGCUCUGCUGAGGCAGAACCAGACACCGUGCUGUUCUGACAGCGCCAGCCUUCGGCUCAUCUCACCUAGUGUGUCCUUUCACUUAUUGACUUGCAUCACGAGGUGACAGAAAAUGCAUGUGGCAGAGACUGUGCUUCCCUCUUUUCAGACAUAAAAGGGGUAUAGAGUAUAGAGUCUCUCUCUGCACUGUCUCUUUGUGAAAUAAUGGUUUUCAACAAUACAGGUCUUAGUAAGUAAAUGAGACAUGAAAUCCCCUUAACCCUUAUGCUGAGCAUUAAAAAAAAGUUUGUUUUCGCUUUGUGACCAUCACGCUCCUGACAUUUACUUUUGUGACAGUCUGCAAAUCUGCUGGUAUCAGAGCACUUUCAUUGCGCUCAUGGAUACGCCACGUACUCUGAGUGGAGUUUUGAAAAUCAUUCAUCAUCCAGGGAUGACUCAGCGGCCACACAAAGGGAUAGCGAACGAUCUCGGUCGUCAUCAUCAAGUGACUGGUUACGGCUGGGGAUGAAUAAGUCUGUCGAUAUCAUCAUCCAUCCCUGACUUUAACAGAGUAGAUACUUACGAGAUGCCAUUUGAUAAAGAAGAUUAAUGCAUAAAAUUAAUUCUGCCACCCCGUAACUGUUGUGGUUUUAACACCAUUUUUAAAAGUCUAAUUUCCCAACAGAGAUCAUUAUCUUUUUUUGCCCUUAAAAUACUGUGAAUAGAUUUUUUGGAUUACAAUAUUUGUGUUGGGAUGAAAGCCUUAGUUUCCUCCGCAGACCUCUCUUUGUUCAGCGAGGCAGGACCUGUAAUUAUGUUGAGUAAUUGAAGAGGGUCAAGUUAACUGUUGGGGUUUGUCCUUGUUUAUUUUUUAUGGACAUAAAGGGAGAUUAGCUUUUAUUUUGGGUCAGGGUUUUAAUUUACCAAGGGUCAACUCACUGAAUGUUGACCGCUUUGUUUCCCCCGGAACCUGCCUCACACUCACACUAGGAAGCCAACAGUGGUACUGACAAGUGGCGCCAGUUGAGUGGUUAAAAGUCUUGUUUGAUGGCACAUCAACAGCAGGCACUGAGCACAUCCAUUGUAGGGCCGGGGGACGAUUUGUCACUAUUGUUUAUAGACUGACGGUCAAAUUGCUUAUUAAUUCUGACAUUUUAAUAAUGCUGUUGUCCAAACCAAGAGGUGAAGCAAAUUGUUGUUGAUAAUUUACAAGUUUACAAAGUUUUUUUUGUUUUUUUCCGUGCUCAGUCACAUCAGUAUUGUAACAGCAAAGUUCUAGAACCAAGUUCAUUCACAACAGUGGUAACCUUGUGUUCAAGGGAUUUAGUUGCAGAGGAGAAACAAAUGUGUGUUGCCCAUAAUGAUUUAUUCCUGGAACUGUACAAAACCAAUCAUGUACUAGCUUAAAUGUGCAAUGUGUAAGAACUGGUCACCUGUCAGAAGCAUACUUGAAAAAAGAUAGGGGGCAGCAUAUCACCACAGUAACCCCUAACUGCUGCUAACUGUCGCUUUCUUAGCCAGUUAGCUCAGUUAGCUGUGCAGCUAGUGGUUUGACUGGGAACUCUGGGACCAAGGGAUUGUCGGUGUUUACUCCGCUAGCACAGGAGCUUUUGGUAACUGGGGCUAACUGGUUAGCAUGCUCACCUAAGCACAUAUCUUGGCGUACACUGUCUUUGUAAUGUCAAAACUGCCAUUUAUUUAUAUUCUUUUUAGUUAAUUUUUACAAUGUUUUCAUCUGAAUUCUCACAUAUUACUCCUUUAAAUAGAUAGAGUUUUCAUUACAUUAUUUCAAAGUGUAUGCAUCCAGUUCAUGUAAGUGCAUGUUUGAUGCUUUCAAGCAACAAGAACACUUAACCGACUGGAAAGCUAACUAACCUGUUGGGCCACAACUUACCUGUUGUUUCUACAUCAAAUUAGCCGCAGCAGUUAGCCCGACUGGCACUGAGAAGUGGCAUGGUAGCUAAAAACAGCGAAAACAUCAGAUUUUUAACUAUGUAUCUUUCAGUUCACAAAUUUGCUGAUCUCCGCAAUUCAAAUGAAUAUGUAAUACCUGGUACAUGUCCUGCGCUGUGACAAAUAUGGAUAUUGCAAAAUUGGACCCCUUUACAGCACAGAUCAAGCCAAAACCUGCUUCCCAGUGUAGAUUGUUGCCUUUAUUUCUGGGAGAUCAAUGUGGUGAGUUUCCAGGCAAAAAAGCUGCCAUCCCUGCCCUAAACCAGCUGGGAGAAGCAUGCUUCUGCCACAUGCUCUCUUUACUUCAGGAACAAUGGAGGACAAAAGGAAAAUUGGGGCUUUGCUCGCUUCUCUCGCUCAAGGCCUCCACAUUAGUCAACCAAAUAAUUAACUCAGAACUCCAUGGUGAACCAGAGCAUUGUGGGGUAUCCAUCCUAUAAUUGAAAUUCACUCAUAGAGGCUGCAUUUACUCCGAAUCAAUGUUUCACUUCUGUAGAACAUUUUCAUUUUCCCGCGUACACACAUUGUACCUGAAGUCCAUAAAUGAUCAGAACCGCAUAUGCUGCUCUGGGGAUUGGUAGUCAGCACUACUUCUUUGCCGGUGUUUUUUAAAUGGAAUCCAAAUAUUGUUCUUCUACAAGAAAAAAAAAAACUAUGUGAAAAUACUGUUUGUGUACUGGAUGUAAUAUUUUUAAGGAAACAAUUCCACCUGUUUUUGCCACCCAGGUCUGAAAUCUGCACUGUGGAAUCAUUCAGGGAGCUACUGUAUGUUGAAUGCUUUGGUGGCUUUGAUAAUCGAAUGUACACAACAUGGCAUCGUAGUGAAGUGGAAAAAAAAGAAUACAGCUGCACAGUGGACUCCGGGAGACGUGGACAACAGCUAGGGCUCAUAAACCAGAUUGUUAUACGGCUACCUUCUUUCCUUAUUGUGUGUACUUAGGGGGAUUAGCUUUAAAGCAAGCACUCUUUUAUUAUGUCCAUUAAGCGAGCGAAUAAAUUAUUUGCAAAUGCCAGGAAAUGACUCUCGAAGCUCGAAAACCAAUCAAGGUCUUAUGAAAUGAAAUGUCACUUACAGAUUGAAUGUGACCAAACGGCGCUCAGGUUACCUCCGUGCAGUUUUAACUCGCCAUAAUUAGUGAGUCUCGAGUGAAUGUCAACGCGUUGCAAGACUUUCCAAGACUGCAUUCUCUGUAUUUAAAUGAACUUUGCGAUUAUAGCAUUUUUCAAAAAACAAAACAAAACAAAACACUCAGACGGCAGGAGUUUUUUUUUUUUUUGUUUAUAGAAAAUGGCACAGUCCCAGUGAGAAUUGCUAUCCGCCACAGCAUAUUCACAUUCUACCCAUAAUGGCUUUUAAGCUCAUCAUUUUUGUUUGCCAGUUUCCCCCUGAAAACACACAGAUUUAAUUUGACUGUGGGAGACCAGUAAAAAAAAAAAAAAAAAAAAAAAAA